AUGCUGGACGGGGCUCUAGGCGAAGCGGCUCAGGCCGCAGCAGCUGUGGCAGGCGCAGCAGCAGCCGCCUCGGCGGUGAUUGGUGCGGUGGGAGCGGGUGGGGGAGGAGCGGAGAGGGACGAACGGGAAGGGGACGAUUUCGUACGAGGGGAAAAGGCGCGUUCCGGAAUUAGAGCAGAUUCUCCAGUCAUCUCCACGCUGACUGUAGCAGAUUCUGAUACAGAGCGUCUCACGUCACCUCCGUCAGCUUCCUUUUCGUUUCCUUCUCCUUCCUUCUCCUCCUCGUUCCCCUCUCCUUCCUCCUCCUCCUCCUCCUCUUCCUCCCCGUCUUCGCUUCUCCUGUCGUCCGCGAUUGGCGCCGUGUGGACGUCUGGGUUCAACGCGUCUGGGUCGCACGCUCCGCGACGGACGUCGGAGAAGAUUCUGUGGAGAAGUCCUACAGUGGACCACAUCGAACAGUGUAUCGCACGCUCCAAGACGCAUAAAGUCCCCGCCAAGUCAGCGACGAAUGGCUACCUUUUGGUGACGGCGAAUGGGGGUCUGAACCAAAUGCGAGCUGCGAUCUGCGACAUGGUGGCAGUGGCUCGCAUCAUGAACGCCACACUUGUGGUGCCGGAGCUGGACCACACCUCCUUCUGGUCCGACCCCAGCGAGUUCGAGGACAUAUUCGACCUGGAGCACUUUGUUGAGACGCUCAAGGACGACAUCCGCGUGGUCAGGGAGCUACCCCGCAGAGUGGCCCACCGCCGCGUGCUCGAAAAGUUCCCCAUCUCCUGGUCGCCGUUCUCCUACUAUCGAGAGGACCUGCUUCUGCGCCUGAAGAAGCACCGGGUGAUGCGCUUCCCCCUGACGGACUCGCGGCUGGCCAACAACGGCGUGCCCGAGUCCAUCCAGCGGCUGCGCUGCCGAGCCAACUACCGCGCUCUCCGCUAUACCAACACCAUCUCGGGCGUUGCCGGCAACCUGAUCGCCCGCUUGAGGAAGCUCGGCCCCUACAUCGCGCUGCACUUGAGGUACGAGAAGGACAUGUUGGCAUUCACAGGGUGCGACCACGGGUUGAGCCGGUGGGAGAGUGGGGAGCUGAGGGAGAUGCGGCUGAACAACUCACGGUGGAAGGAGAAGGACAUCGACGGGGAGGCAAGGCGCAAGGAGGGCGCGUGCCCCCUCACGCCCAAGGAGACCGCACUGUUUCUGCACGCCAUGGGGUUUCCUAAGAAGACGUUGAUAUACAUUGCUGCUGGGGACAUCUACGGCUCUAAAGGCCUCACGGAGCUGAAGCGGUACUACCCCAACACGUUCACGCACUCCACUCUCGCCACUCCGUUCCCUUCCCUGCGUUUUCUUGCCAUUCUUUUCAAUCCCUCCAGCGCCUUCUCUAUCUUCUUGUCCUUCUCCUCAACCCCUCGCCAGGAGCUGAAGCGGUACUACCCGAACACGUUCACGCACUCCACUCUCGCCACCCCAGAGGAGCUGGCAGCGCUGGGAGGGUAUCAGAACAGGCUGGCAGCAGUGGACUACACAGUGGCCGUGGAGAGUGACGUGUUUGCAUACACGUAUGAAGGCAACAUGGCGAGAGCUGUGCAGGGGCACCGGCGGUUCGAAGGGCACAGGAAGACGAUCAUUCCCGACAGGGAGGCGGUGGUGAGGUUGCUAGAUCAGUUCAAGGCGGGCGAGAUGAGCUGGAACGCGGUGCGCAAGGAAAUCCGGAAGCACCACAAAGGGCGCGUGGGGGGGGCUCACCAGCGGGAGGCUGGGGAGAAUCCGAAGCUGGAGGAGAACUUCUAUGCGAACCCCAUGCCGGGGUGCAUGUGCGAGGUGGAGAGGCAACCAGGGAAGGCGGUGAAGGCAUGUCGAAUGGAGGGCGGGCAGAGGAAGUGCAGGGAGGUGCCCCAGGAGGAGGAGGCGUACAUCUAA